AUGGCGCGCAGUAAAGCUAUGUACCCACACAGAAGUGCGCUUAGAACAUCAGUAGAAAAAUCUCCUCAUACUCAUUUUGUUUUAUCCAGUGGAUCCGCUCAAGCCUACAAUCAACAACCUGUUGCAACUGUACGUUCAAGAAGAUAUCGUCCAGGAACUCGAACUCUUCAGGAAAUAAGAAAAUUUCAAGCAUCAACAGAUUUGCUUAUACCCAAAUUGCCUUUUGCUCGUCUUGUUAGGGAAGUUACAGAUAAAUUUUGGCCUGAUACAAGUAUGUUUCGAUACACUGUUCAAGCUUUGUUAGCGUUGCAAACGGCAGCUGAAGCAUAUUUAAUAGGAAUAUUUGAAGACAGCGUUUUAUGCUCUCUUCAUGCUAGACGUGUUACAUUACAAGUGAAAGAUAUCCAUUUAGCUUUACGUAUCCGUGGUCGUAUUUAUUUAUGA